AGGAGCAAAUCAAAAUGGCGAGCCAAGAGGAGUCUGUGAGGGAGUUCGUCGCUGUUACUGAUGUGGACGAGGAGAGGGCCCGCUUUUUCCUGGAGUCCGCCGGCUGGAACCUGCAGCUUGCACUCGCCAGUUUCUUUGAGGAUGGAGCUGACGACGAUAUAGUGACGCUUCCUCAGCCUGAGGGAGGCUCCUCAGUGUCCCGGUCUGCUGGGCCGAGCUCUCAGCCCAGAGUGACCUCCUUCAGAGAUCUGAUGCAUGAGGCAGAGGAGGAGAGCGAUGAGGAGGAAGGCCAAAGGUUUUUUGCGGGUGGAUCAGAGCGCAGUGGGCAGCAGAUCGUCGGGCCUCCUAAAAAGAAGAGCACCAAUGAGGUCGUAGAGGAUUUGUUUAAGGGGGCAAAAGAACAUGGGGCUGUGCCUCUGGACCGGGCUGGACGUGGACCAGGAGAAUCCAGCAAAGCCAAGGCCUUCAUUGGUGGAGGCUACAGGCUAGGCGCAGCUCCUGAGGAGGAGUCCGCCUAUGUGGCUGGAGAGAGGCAUGCCUCCAAAAGCCAGCAGGAUGUACACGUGGUGCUGAAGCUGUGGAAGACCGGGUUCAGUCUGGAUAAUGGUGAGCUCAGAAACUACAACGACCCUGGAAAUGCCAGCUUCCUUGAGGCAAUCAGAAGGGGGGAGAUUCCCCUCGAGCUGAGGCAGCGGUCUCGAGGGGGCCAGGUCAACCUAGACAUGGAGGACCACAGAGACGAGGACUUUACCAAACCCAAGUUGGCCUUCAAGGCCUUCGGAGGCGAAGGACAGAAGUUGGGAAGUGCCACCCCAGAGUUAAUUUCAGCACCGGCCACCUCCCAGCAGGACCAGGCUGCCAACGAGGCCCAAGCCAGCGCCUCCGUCAACCUCGACUCCUCGCAGCCCAUCACCAACAUUCAGAUCCGACUGGCUGACGGCAGCAGGCUGGUCCAAAGGUUCAACUAUACCCACAGGGUGUCCGACCUGCGCCAGUUCGUGGUGGAGGCACGGCCCGCCAUGGCUGCCAGAGAGUUUGUGCUCAUGACCACCUUCCCCAACAAGGAGCUGUCGGACGAGAGCCAGACGCUGCAGCAGGCCAACCUCCUCAACGCCGUCAUCGUCCAGCGGCUACAAUGAAGACGGAGCAAGAGCAAGCCCUCCCCACCCCCACCCCCUGGUGGUGUGGCAGAGUAACUGCAGCUCAGUGAAACCUGCUGCCCCUUCCGAGAGGAGAAAACAGACUUAUGUAUGGACUUCUAAUUUCUGAUAUUUUGUUUUUCUAAAGUGAAACAUAACAUUCUGCCCCCCAGAUUCCCAGAUUAUCAACCCCACCCCCCCUCCCCUGUGGGCUGUGGCGGGGGGGAACGGGGGGGAAAAAAUCUUCCAGCGUGAACCAGUUAGGAGCUGUCGAAAAGGUGACACGUGCUGUUAAAUUGUGGUUUUGAUGGGGACGUGUGUACUUGACAGCAGUAGAUGGUCGAACCCAAAAAAACAGCAGCAGUCCAGCUUUCUGCAGAGCAGUUUGGGUCGCAGACAUGUUCACUAAACCUGGCUCUUUCUUUACCCCUUUCACUCGCUCCUCAUGUUUCCUCCUCUAUCAACCUUCAUUUGGCCCCUCAGCAGUGUUUACUAUCAAGUGUGAGGGCCUCACCACAUCCUUGCAGCGGCAGACUCCCAGUUGGUUUCUGUCUCAGCAGCACAAACCAGAACCGCAUAAAGAAUACUAGUUGUAUUGAGGUAAAAGUACACGUUGAAAAUGUGGUUUUGUACAAGUUUCCCUUUCUCUCUGCAUAUUGUUAUUGGGGAGAGAAGUGUAACAGUGUAACAAAACUGGGGACUUUUCCCUGACCAACCUCUACCAGUAGCCUUACGCUCCUUUAUUCACCUCCAGACCCCCCCCCCCCCCCUUUGCCCAAAUGAAGAUGGAGUUAUUUUUUUAAAACUGCCCCCCUCACCCCUCUCUAUUUCCUUCUUUUCCUUUACAGAUUGUAGGAUUGUCCCAGUUAGACCGUGGCAUUUUGAUAUCGUGUAACGUGAAAAUCAGUUACACGACAUCAGUUAUUGUCAAAGCGAUGGUUGAAGCUAAAGAACGUAUAGAUUGUAAACACUGGUUUGUAGAAGUGGAAGUUGAAAUUCCUGACACACUGACAUCUUCUAUGCAUCCUGGGGCAACACGGAAAUAUGUUUGGACCUCUGGUAAAAUAAAUCCAUUUUAUGGUUGAUGUACAAAGAA